UAUUUGAAGAUUCUCUCGUAACCGUUGGUGGUGUGCGCGCGCGCACGCGAUUUCUCCGAGAUCCGUAGUCCGUGAUGCGGUUUCGUUCGCCCUUCGGCUUGACUCGGGUCGAGGUUCGAGAGUCGCCUCCGCCUUUGCCCCCGCCCCCGCGUUAAACCACGCCGCGACUGCUUUCGCCUUCGUCUUCGCCUUCGCCUUCGCCUUCGCGAGUCUACUCAAACCACCCCCUCCCCGUUUAGGCAACGAUCGCCGCGCCAAAGGUGACUGUCCAAGUCAGUGUCGAAGCCGCGCAGUCAUCGGUUGCACCGCGUUCUGGAACUCUUUCUCGCUCCGUCCUUUCAAACUCCUCGCCCAAAGUUUGUCCUAUUUUUCGACGAAUGUGUUCGAAUCAGAACAGACGUUUCGCGUUUCUUUGCCCGUGGCAACGUUUUGAACGAGAUUCGUUCGUUUAUCAAUGAUCGCAGUGUAUAUACAUCAGUGAGAAAACGGAUCGAAGUGUUUUCCAUCAAACGGAAAAGUAAGUGUGUUUCAUUGAUUUUUUGAAAUGAUUACGAGGAUCGUUCAUGUUGAUCUGUCAUUGGUGACUUCUUCUCGAUAAAACGAAUGCAAAACAGUUUUCAUCUCAAACUCGUUCGACUCGAUGAUCGAAAUCAAGACGUUUCGAUCGAAUCGGUGACGCGAUCAUUUCGGUUUAUCGGCGAAAAAUUUUACCGGUAGUGUGAGUCAAACAUCAACAGCGAUUGAUGUUUCUUAGUUGUUAAAUCAACGAUAACAAUAUACAAUAUAAUCGUCAGAGGAUAAAAAGAAGCGGAAACGAAAUAGAAAUCGACUGGCAAUUCGACUUUAGCUUGGAACGCUACAAUGUCGUAUUUGGACGGCUGAUUACGAGUGUCGACGAAAGGAAAGGGGUACGGCCUUUUAAUAUUUUAGCUCGUCGUUCGAUAAUCCACGCGAGAGGAGGAAAGAAUGUGUUACGACGUCUGAUGAUCAUCGUGCAAUAAUACAUCGAUGCCGUGGUGUUAGCUCUCGGGGAGGAUGUUUCACGGGGGCGGAAGUAGCGGGUACGGCGCCAGCUCGGACUACCAACAGCAGUCGCAGCAACAGCAGCAACAGCAACACGGCCAGCAGCUUCAAGCGCCCGUCUACGUGCCGUCCUCGAGGCCUACGAUCCCGUCCGCGGCCACAGCGGCGGCGGCCGCGGCCGCGGCCCAGUACCAUUCCUUCCCCGGCUCUGGCUCGCCUGCUUGGGAGAAGACUGCUGCAGCAGCGGCCUCGUGGCAGCAUGGGGUGGAAACGUACGCGGCCCAUCACGCGCUCGCGGGGCACGCAAGCGGGUCCGCGGCCGCGGCCGCUGCCGCCGCUGCCGCGAUGGGGCCGCACUCGGGCCACACGCACCCGCACCCGCACACGCACCCGCACGCGGCCCAUCCGCACACCGGCCACCCUCACUCGAGCCUCGCCGCGGCCGCGGCCGCCCCCUUUUACGCGCAGAACGUCGCCAUGAUGUCCUCCUGGCGCGCCUACGACGGAGCCGGAUUUCAACGUGCCUCCCCUUAUGACACCGCGAUGGAUUUUCAAUUCGGCGAAGGCCGGGAGUGCGUUAAUUGCGGCGCGAUAUCGACGCCGCUCUGGAGGAGGGACGGGACCGGACAUUAUCUGUGCAACGCGUGCGGACUCUACCACAAGAUGAACGGGAUGAACAGGCCCCUGAUAAAGCCGUCGAAGCGUUUGACCGCGACCAGGCGGUUGGGGCUGUGCUGCACCAACUGCGGCACCCGCACCACCACCCUUUGGAGGCGCAACAACGAGGGCGAGCCCGUUUGCAACGCUUGCGGCCUCUACUUCAAGCUGCACGGCGUGAACAGGCCCCUGGCGAUGCGGAAGGACGGCAUCCAGACGCGGAAACGGAAGCCGAAGAAGACGCCCGAGCCGAACGCCAGGUCCUCCGCCGUCGAGCACGAGACCUCCGCCGCCGUCUCCGCCGCCUCUUCUCCCUCCACGGAAUUAAAGGGUAACCAACAACAGCAACAGCAGCAACAGCAACAGCAGCAACAACAGCAGCAGCAGCAGCAACAUCAAAUCGAGGUGUCCAAAUCGUCCGCCGGUGGUGGCUCGAGCUCAUCCGAGAGACCGGUUUAUCUCGGGCACACGUCUCUUUUAGCGACAGGAAGCGUGGCCACCGUCAAAACGGAACCCCGAAGUUGUGAUGGCAUUGUUGGUCAACCCUACUCCUCGUAUUAUCAGCAUCCGCAUCAACUUGGGGUAUCGAGCAGCGAGCACCAGCAACAGACUUAUUACGGGAGUCAGGAAGCACCUUACCAUCAUCAGCAUCACGUUACCGCGGCUGCCAAGUUAUUGGCAUCCACGUAAUUUCAUCUCAUUGUUUCCGCGACGCGGCAACCGCAAAAAAAAAACGAGACAAAACCAGCGAAUUUCGGUAAUACGCGGUUUUUCUUCGUUUGCAUUUCUCGUAUUUUCGUUUCGUGUCACUUAUCCGUUGUCGUUCGUUGUUGCACCACUACAAAUCGUAACGAUCGAUCGACGAACGCGCGGGAAAAAUACGCCGAUAUACGAUGUUUAUGUUUUUCGUUCAUUGUUCGUCGACGACUCGCCGCCAUUUUGAAUAUUAUCGCAGUGACCGCUCAAGUAUCGAUCGAUCUUAAUCGAUUCGCCUUCUCGAGGGGACGCGACGCGUAUGUAUUUCACGAUCGUGAUCGUAAUCACACGUUUUCUCGUGCGAUCGUUGUGAAAACACGUAUUUAUGUACGUCGGACGGAAAUACUAGUGUAUUCGCGUAUAAAAGAUACUCGAUUGUAAAUAUAAUUCGCAAAUCACGAAUCACGGUAGAUUUCCACGGUAGACUAGUUCCAAAGGCGUGUCGAAAGGAACGCGGCGAAUCUGAGGUACGCAAACGACAAACUCGCUUUGAAGAAAUGUCAGCUUUUUUGUACAGUUCCUGUAUGAUUAGUUUUCCGACGCGCAAUAAAGAGAACACAGCUUUCGA